UGUUCAUCAUGGUGAUGGGUUCGUGCCUUGCGUAGCUGCAUUCCAUCCGACGUCCAGCCAGCGCCCAGCUAUGUGGACCUACAUGAUGGCUGCCGCCCGCGGAGAUCGGGUCAACACGAUGAUGUCCACCCGGCGAAGACCCGAAACCGAGUCCCCAAAAUAUGGCUACAACCUCUCCACCCGUCCCAUGUACCGAACGACCCGAUUCGUGGGCCCCGCCUCCUCGGCGCCCGCCCAACUGCAGCUGCCCUGCGGAUCCCAUCAGGCGGCGGUGGGCGUGGCACCUCCGCCGCUGGAGGAGAUUAGUGGCGGCCUGUUCGCCCCCUUCGCGCCGACGGCAACGAUUACGGUGGAGCAGGCGGCCACCUCGAUUCCAAUGGCAGUCGACGGCGAGGUUCACCACCUCCACUAUCCACGUCGCAGUUGGCAGCGGAAAUAUCGCCAGGGGAAUCAUCGCCAGCCAGGAGGAGGAGCAGAGGCUGAGGAGGAUGAGGACGAGGAUGACGACGACGAUGAGGAUGAUGACGAGGAUGAGUUCGGUGCUGUCGUGGGCGAGGAUAACCCGGAGGAGGCGAUUGCACGGGCUGACCAACAGCAACAGAAGCAGCACCGCCAACCAAAUGCCAGCGAUUCCAGUUAUGUGGAAAAUGGCAGGAAGCUGAUACAGGAACCAAGCAAAAGGAGCAAACCAUCGGCUUUAAGACGCACCCUGCAAGCUCUGCGCCAGCGUCUGACUAAAAGGAAUCGCCCCAAACCGCCGGACUGGUUCCUCGAGAAGUUCUCCAAUACCACGAACACAGACAAGAUUGGCAAGGGUUGUCCGGCCAUGGAGGAUGCGGCGCUCUCCAGCGAAAUUCGGGGCUCCAGUGUCCUGUGCAACCGACUGUCCGUGGAUCCCACCCUGCAGUCGCAUUACAGGUGGCUGGCCAUCGUUUCGCUGGCGGUGCUUUACAAUAUCAUCUUCGUGGUGGGGCGAGCUGUCUUCUGGGAGAUCAAUAAGAGUGCUCCCGCCGUGUGGUACACACUGGACUACCUGUGCGACUUCAUCUAUCUGCUGGAUACGCUCGUCCACAUGCACGAGGGCUUUCUGGACCAGGGGCUCCUCGUGCGGGAUGCCUUUAGGCUGCGGCGGCACUACUUCCACACGAAGGGCUGGUAUCUGGACGUGCUGUCGAUGCUGCCCACGGACCUGGCCUACAUCUGGUGGCCGCCGGAGACCUGCUCCAGCCUGUACCUGCCGUGUCCCGUGAUAGUGCGUCUAAAUCGACUGCUCCGGAUCAACCGGCUGUGGGAGUGGUUCGAUCGCACGGAGACGGCCACCGGGUAUCCGAAUGCAUUCCGCAUCUGCAAGGUGGUGCUGGCCAUCCUGGUGCUGAUCCACUGGAACGCCUGCAUGUACUUCGCCAUCAGCUACGAGAUUGGCUUCAGCUCCGACUCGUGGGUCUACAAUCUGAACGGGACGCGGAACAACACGCUCCAGCGGCAGUACAUCUAUAGCUUCUACUGGUCCACGCUGACGCUGACCACAAUUGGCGAGACUCCGACGCCUGAGAACGAUGUGGAGUAUCUGUUCGUGGUGGCCGACUUCCUGGCCGGCGUCCUCAUCUUCGCCACCAUUGUGGGUAACAUUGGCUCCAUGAUCUCCAACAUGAAUGUGGCCCGCGUGGAGUUCCAGAAUCGCAUGGACGGCGUCAAGCAGUACAUGGCCUUCCGGCGCGUGGGUCACGAGCUGGAGGCCCGGGUCAUCCGGUGGUUCGCUUACACCUGGUCGCAGAGUGGGGCGCUGGACGAGGAGCGGGUGCUGGCCGCCCUGCCGGACAAGCUGAAGGCGGAGAUCGCCAUCCAGGUGCACAUGGACACGCUGAAGCAGGUGCGGAUCUUCCACGACACCGAGCCGGGUCUCCUGGAGGCCCUGGUCCUGAAGCUCAAGCUGCAGGUCUUCAGUCCGGGCGACUACAUCUGCCGGAAGGGCGAUGUCGGCAAGGAGAUGUAUAUCGUGAAGCGGGGCAAGCUCUCCGUCGUCGGCGACGAUGGCAUCACCGUGCUGGCCACCUUGGGCGCGGGUUCCGUGUUCGGCGAGGUGUCCGUGCUGGAGAUUGCGGGCAAUCGGACGGGCAACCGGCGCACCGCCAACGUGAGAUCCCUGGGCUACUCGGAUCUCUUCUGCCUGGCGAAGAGGGACUUGUGGGAAACGCUGUCCGACUAUCCGGAGGCCAGGUCCACGCUCACCCAGCGAGGAUGCCAGCUGCUGCGGAAGGAUGGCUUGCUGGAUGAGCAGAUAUUCGCCGAUUCACAAAGGGUGCACGACAGCAUUGAGGGCGGCAUUGAGAAGCUGGAGCUGUCGGUGGAGAACCUCAAUAUGCGGCUGGCCCGACUCCUGGCGGAGUACACGGCCAGCCAGGCCAAGAUCAAGCAGCGCCUGGCCAAGCUGGAGAUAAACGGCGGCCCUGGCACGUGGCGCCUGGAGUGUGAGCCACAAACGCGGGCUCGCAGCGGACGCCUCUACUCGCUGCAGCCCAAGCGGCGCCCACGUUCGCGACCCGACGCGACUGCCAAAAGCGGCGAUGCUGCCAAGCAGAACACGCUCUAAGUCCCCGGAAAGCCCGCUGGAAAAGCCCCAGCCCUCAACUCCACCCGAGGCCGGAAAAUAGUGAUAAAUGCAUUAAACUUGCAGGAGUUGUCUGGGGAGGCGGGGAGAUAACCCGUUUUGGCCCGAAGCCAACUGUUAUUUGGGCUGCAAAAGCGGGUAAAUCAAUUUUUAAUUUUUACAAUUAGUUUGUAGCGAAAGAGGAGGGGCAGACGGGGGGUACUGGAGAGUUGUUUGUUGCAAACUUUAUAAAUUUGUAAAAUGAUUCAAAACUGAAUGUGCCUCAAAGUGUGUGUGCGUGCGUAAGGAAAGCUAAGUUAAGAGGGGCGAACGAAAAGGAAAGCGAGCGGUGACCACCCAUCUAGUUAACCCACUAUGAUCCAGUGUACAUAAUUUAAGCAUAGUCCAAUUUUACACGUCUAGGCUAGGAUGAUUUUACACACAUUAAUUGCACAGAUCAAAUACAGAGAAAUUUAAGAAAUAAUCCCAGAAACUGACCAAGAACCGGAGGACUUUGCUGAAAUACUUAAGACGACAACGAGGACGACGAAGACGGGGGGAGAUGCACACAAAUCGAAUUCGAAGAAAGCAAAUGUUAACAACCAAGCUUCCAAAGCUUCCAAACCAAACGCAAAACAAACAAAACAAAAGAAACCGAGAGUCAAGAAACAAGAAACAAAAUGGUAAACAAAUGAAAUGUAUUUUUAUAUUAGUCCUAGACAUUGGGUGUACGAUGUAUUGUGUAUAUGUAAGUACGGCUAAAUCUAAAGCUAAAGCUACAGAAUAAACGAGAAUCGAGUCAAAUUA